GCCACAGUAUACAUUUUGUGUAAUUGAGGAGCAAUCUAGUACUCACUGAUAGAAGACAAUUACGGAUCGAGGUGUUAUGUUUUUGUCGUCCGUGACAGGCUAAUACAAAUACGUAAAAUGUCUACAAGAUGGUAUCCUCUGUACCAGGUGGGAAAUCCUCAGCAAAGAGUGUUUCUUCCAAACUUUUGGUUGAAACUGGUGAGACCUAGUCACAAAUUUCCACCAAAUGUUGUCCAGUUCAUAGUAUCCAUACAGAUGACAAAAUAUGACAUCAGAAAUUACCUCGAGAAGAUAUACAAAAUUCCAGUUGUUAAUGUACGGACUGUUGUCACAAUGGGAAAAACAGAACAAGAUCAAUUAAAGGGAUAUGUAACAAAAGAGGACGACUUCAAAGUUGCAUUUGUCACACUGCCUCGAGGGCAGGAAUUUCAUUUUCCAGACAUAUUUCCAAAGGAUGAGAAGAAAUUGGAUGAUGAUGCCAAAACAUUAGAAGAGACAAAAAAGAAUUAUAGAGAGUUCUUAGACAAAAGUAAUCAGCAGCCAGGAAUACCUGGAUGGUAUUCUUUCUAGUGCAUAAGUGACGUCUGAAUAAAUUAAAGAGGUGUGAUUAAAGGAUCAGUUUCAUAAAUGCUUA